AUGACACCUAUGAGUAUGAUCGAAGAAUUUCAGCUGGAUGAGGAAUUGCAGACAAUGCUUGAAGAUAUAGAAAGUGUUGAAUUAGAGAAUGAAGAAUUAAAAGAGAAUGUGAAAGUAGCAAAUGAAUGUAUGCAGAAGCUAAGAGAACAAAUCCACAAAUUCAAAUUGAGGCACAAGGAGGUUAACAAUCAGUUGAAGCAGGUGAAUGAGACUGUUAAAGAUUUGAUGCAGAAGAUUGAGGAGAAGAAUAAGACAGAGAAAACUUUGAAAGAAUCAAUCAAGUUGACUGAUGAAUGUGAGAAGCUAGAGCAAGAAGUGAAGAAGCUAAAAGCAGAGAAUGAGGUUCUUGAUAGAAGUAAACUCUUGGAAGAAUUGAUCAACAUACAAAAAUUUUAUUUGGACAAUACUAUACUUGGAUUUCAACUUGGUGAAUGUUCAAAUUAG